CUCCCGCUCCUCCUCUUCCCCCGAAACCCCCAAACGCGACAGGCCAUGGAACUGUCGAUGAGCGGCGGCGCGCUGCGGACCUUCUCCCGCUGCGUCACCUGCCUCGCCCGCAUCGGCUCCGACCUCGUCUUCCAGGCCUACCCCGACAAGCUGGAGCUGCACACGCUCAACAGCUCGCGGUCGGCCUUCGCGUCCGUCUCCCUCACGCGCGACUUCUUCGACCACUUCCACCUCCCCGCCGACGCCGCGCCGUCGUCCACGCCGCUCCAGUGCAGCGUCCUCCUCAAGUCCGUCCUCGCUGUGCUCCGCACGCCCACCUCCGCGAUCGACCGCCUCAACGCUUCGCUCCCAAACCCCCAAGCGUCCAAGCUCGAGUUCGUCAUCCACUGCGUCAGCGGGCGUAAGAAGACGCACCGGAUCUCGUGCAGCGCGGAGUCCGACGUGCAGACUCUGGCGCUCGACCGCAACGGCUUCCCCAGCCGCCUCGCCAUACGGCCACGGGACCUCACGCGCCUGCUCUCCAAUUUCCAGUCCUCGCUGCAGGAGCUCACCGUUAUUGCCACCGAGCCUGCUGCACGGUUGCCUGGCGUCGAUGAUGGCACUGGGGGGAAGGCAGUCGAGCUCCUAAGCUACAUCGACCCGACCAAAGAUGACUACGACAGUAGGCUGCACACACAACUGUGGAUCGAUCCAGCAGAGGAGUUCUUGGAGUAUGAGCAUGCUGGGGAUCCCGUAGAUGUCACAUUCGGGGUGAAAGAAUUGAAGGCAUUUUUAACAUUUUGUGAAGGAUGUGAGGUUGAUAUUCUCCUAUUCUAUCAGAAGGCUGGCGAACCUGUACUGUUGGCUCCAAGAUUUGGAUUCGAUGAUGGAUCAAGUUCUAAUUUCGAUGUAACUCUAGUUCUAGCCACUAUGCUUGUAUCACAACUAAAUGAUGGCAGUGUUCCUCAGCAGCCACCUACAUCAGCACAUCAUGCAGAAGAACCAAGGGCUGCCGCUGCUGCACCAUCACCAGUUCCAGAAAAUGUCUCAAACCAUACAAGAAUAUGGUCAGAGCUUUCAGGUCUUACUCCCAAAAGCUUUGAAGCUAACGCAGAAAAUCGUGCCCAGAAGGAGAGAAAUGGAAGAGCUAACGUACUGAAUGACACAUCAGUGCUUCCCAAUACCAAUGCUCCCUGCAAGCUACCAGUGACAUAUAACGCAAACUAUAUAGAGCAGCCUGUGCAAAUGGAUCACUUGGAAGAGCCUCCUGAAGUUGUGGUUGAUAACCCUCGUUCGCAGCAUCACCCAAGCAACUGGGUAGGUGCCGACGAAGACGAUGAUGAUGAAGAAGAUGAGGAGCUUUUUGUCCAAACAACACCUCACUACAUGGACUAAGGACCGAUGCUGAUUCUGAAUAUUGCAGAUGGACUUGAUAAGAUGUGUAGCAAAAAUAUGCCACCCUUUUAUGGCGAAGAUUUUGCCAAGCUACUGCAGAAUAGACCUGACACUGUUUUUUGCUUCCCCAAGUUUUAUGUUUCCUCAUAAAUGCUGGUGUACAGAUCAUGUGAAUGUUUCUUCACGGAGUUCCUGGCAGGAGUAGAAUGCGCGAAAACAAUUAUUGUAGCAAAAAAGAAAAUGUGUGCUAGAUAUGGGAGAUGAUUUUUUUUUCUUCAAAAAUUCUUUAAUGUUCGUUCACACAAGGUAUGUAAGGACAAUCACACCUUCAGAAUUUAGAACUUGUGGUGUCUUGCAUCUGAGAUCCUGGAUCCAUUGCAACGCUUGGAUCUAUGAACAUAAAGUAUCUCGGUGUUUGAUUCAAGAAUAAAUAAAAUUGAAGCACUGUAAUCCUA